AAUGAGCGUGAGGCAGACUGGGCUAAGUGGACAGACUUCACGUAGAGCUCGCAUGAACCUCGGCAUCAUUUCCCCCCCACACUGGACCCAUUUCAGCGGCGUUAAACCACAGGAACACCGCCGCGGAGCACACGGUGAUCCCGGGCAGCGUGUGCGCCGCACGGAAACGUGUGAGAAAAACCAUCCGACAUGAGGGCCCGUUCUGAGGAGAGGCGAGGCGAGGAGGGAAGGCGGGGAAUGAGCAACUGUGGCGAGCGAUCAUGAUCUGUGAACGCCUCACCAUGGCGCCGCACGUCGCGCUCCUCUUCCUUUUCUUCUGUCAGGGGGAAGGCGGCGGCGUUCCACAGCCCGCUGGCCUUUCGGAGGAAGACGAGGACUUGCGAGUGGUGUGGAGCGAAGAGCAACGAGUCUUACCUCACCCCCAGUCCACAGAUGUCUUGUUUGAGCAAAUCAAAGAACUGGGAAGGCAUGGUCAGAAUGCAGAGGCUGAUGUAAUACGGCCGCCACGCCGGGCUUUUCAACUGAGCGGCGACAGCCCAGCGGAGAAAAGAGACGAGUUUAGCCGGCCCGAAACCUCUGCUACAUCCUUUGUGCCAAAACUUAAUACUGACGUCACUGUGAGUGGCAACAAAAGGAGCGGGUUGACUAAUGGGGAGCAUGGAGGUGUAAUUGAUGCUCAACAAACAGUAGAAAAUCAUUCUCUAGUACCAGAUGCAGAGGAAGAGGCAGACUCUGACAGAAGGACUUGGGUCAAAGAGUCUGAAGGUAGGGAGUCAGGCCGGAGCCCCCGUCGCCGCAGGAGCUGGCUCUGGAACCAGUUCUUUGUGAUCGAGGAGUACAGAGGGCCCGAGCCCGUGCUCAUUGGGCGGCUGCACACGGAUAUGGACAGAGGGGACGGGCGCACCAAAUACAUGCUGGAGGGGGAGGGAGUCGGCUCCGUGUUUGUCAUUGACGGAAACACGGGGAACAUCCACGUCACCAAGUCCCUGGACCGGGAGGAGAAAGACGAGUACCGCCUCGUAGCGACGGCCACGGACCGGGAGACCGGCCGAGCCCUGGAGCCCUCCUCGGAGUUCAUCAUCAGGGUACAGGACAUCAACGACAACCCGCCCGUCUUCCCCAACGAGCCCUAUGUUGCCAUGGUGCCGGAGAUGGCCAACAUAGGCACAUCAGUAAUACAAGUCACAGCCAUAGAUGCUGACGAUCCAACAUAUGGAAACAGUGCCCGGCUGGUCUAUGGAAUAUUACAGGGCCAGGACUUUUUCUCCGUGGACCCUCAGACAGGCAUCCUGCGGACUGCGGUACCUGAUAUGGACAGAGAAACGCAGGAUGAAUAUCUGGUGGUCCUCCAGGCGAAAGACAUGGGCGGCCAUCUGGGUGGGUUGACUGGUACCACAACUGUCACCGUGAAGCUGAGCGAUGUCAACGACAACCCACCUCACUUCAGACGCAGUGCAUGGUCGUUCUCUGUGUCUGAGCUAGCGGCACCAGGUGUGGAGGUGGGCCGUCUCACUGCCACCGAUCCUGACCUGGGAGAAAAUGCACAGCUGGAGUUCGCCAUCCUGGACGCAGAGGAGGCGGACAUUUUCAACGUCACGGGGAGAACCAAAGAGGCUGUCAUUGUCCUGAACAAGCUUCUGGAUUACGAAACACGCAAUUCUUAUACUUUUUCCGUGGAAGUGGUGAACCCUGUCGUCGACCCCCGGUUUAUACGGAAAGGACCGUUUAAGGACCAGGCAACAGUCCGGGUGAUGAUCCUUAACGCCGACGAGCCUCCUCGAUUCUCCCAGGCGGUGUACCAUCUGGAUGUGUCUGAGAACUGUCCUCCGGUCUGCGCCGUCGGCCGCGUCUACGCCGUGGAUCCAGACACAGGACAAAGCGCCAACAUCAGGUACUCCAUCGAUCCCCAGUCGGACCCCGAGGCUUUGUUCCGGAUCGCCUCUGACACGGGUUUUAUCAGCGCAGUGAUGGAGUUGGACCGUGAACAGGAGCAGUGGCACAAUAUCUCAGUCAUCGCCACACAGAGGGACAACCCAAAUCUUGUGUCAAGGGCUGUGGUUGCCAUAGAGACACUAGACCAGAAUGACAAUGCGCCGGAGUUGGACAGGCAGUACGCAACAUCAGUAUGUGACUCCAGUGCCCCUGGUCAGGUAGUUCAGGUUCUAAGAGCAGUUGACAGGGAUCAAGGAGGACAUGACACCCCGGUCCACUUCAGCAUCCCUCCUGAGUCCAGCUCAACCCUCAACCUUACCAUCAGAGAAUCUGGAGGUGUGACAGCCAGCCUGGUGCUGCAGUCGGCCUUGGAGCCCCUCCCUGGCUUCUCCUCGUCUCUGCUCACCCUCUACGUGCCAGUUGUGCUGCGUGACGGGGCCUCGGGUCUGACCAACACUGGCACGGUCACCGUGACCAUUUGUCCGUGUCUGCAAGGCGGCAUGCAGACAGAAGACAGGGGCAGACAGAGGGAGCCGAGAUGGGAGAGGCACGUGGUUUGUCUGCCCGCGCCGUCUGCCUCGCCGUCGCUCAUCUUCAGUUUGGUCACAUUGCUUGCCAUGCUGGCCUGUGUCACCACUCUGCUGGUGGUGUGUGCUCUCUCGCUGUCAUUGCGCCAUCAGAAGCGAGACUCCCACUCACCCUUUGAGGAAGAUGAUGUCAGGGAAAACAUCAUAUCCUAUGAUGACGAGGGGGGAGGGGAAGCAGACACUGCAGCCUUUGACAUUACGGCGCUGCAGAGCAUGCACAGAAUACAGCACAUGCACAACAGCGGGAACAUAUGGUACACCCAGCAGAAUCUGCCCCGAGCCAGGACGUACAGCUGGAGCCGUCACCCGCGCCCCACUCUGGGCCCUCAGCAGCGGCCGGGCUCCGCUCCACUCUACGGACGCCUCUGCUACGGCAUCCACACGCUGCCUGUUCUCAGAGAUUAUCCGGUCGGGCCGCUGGAGGCGGGCCUUCAGCUCAGUCAGCUGACCCAGGGACUCACAGGGGGUCAUGCUGGCAAUCCCCUUCUCAUCCCGAACCAGACCACCUUUGAGCCUCUGCUGCGCUCUCCCGAGAUGAGCCUCGGUGGUUUCGAAGCACAGCAUAUGCUGGCGAAGAGCACCAUCACAGACAGAAAUGAAAGCAGUGAGGCGAACGCAGCUGGCGCUAAAGGGGAUGAGGAGCAGGCCAAGUUAAGCCCAUCAGGAACAGAGUCGACGGCAGCAAACGUCACGGCGGACCUGACCUACGAGUCCUCAUGCCAGAGUCGCGCAAGCUUCUCGUCAAACCAGCAGGAGGGCCGACCGGGAUCGUCCCAGACUCAGAUCAGCACGGGGGCCACCAGCACCACCGUGGAUGACAUCGACACGGAUUCCUCCAUUCCCUCCAUUUCCGAGCAAAAUUAUUCAACCAGCAGCCAGAUGAGCAGCGUGAACUCCCCCGCCUACAUUAAAGGAGACACAUACAGCAUUGUGGGCUCGCUAAACCCCGGCGGGAUGGGGGUGUGCAUUAACGGCACUGGUGGCGGCGGGUUGCCGCUGCCCAACAUGGGAACACUAAAGGGGAGAGACACGGCCCCGCAGAAUCUGACCUCACCAGGGGGUUUGUUUGGCAACAACAAGGCCUCUACAGCCGACGCCCCGAACCCACAACCCCUCCGGAUGGAAGAGCUCCUCAAUAUCCGUCUGGACCGGGUCACCUCGGAUCUGUCGCAGCCGCCCUACGACUCGCUGCAGACUUAUGAGUUCGAGGGCCGCAACUCCAGGGCGGAGUCCCUGAGUUCGCUGGAGAGUGAUGGAGAGAAGGAGAACGAGAGGGGGGCGGGAGGCAUGGAUGAGCUGAAUCAGAAGUUCCAGAGGCUGGUGGAGAUCAUCCGAGAGAGGCAGAAGGAGAAGAAGGCACAGGCGCAAGAGGGUGCUGAGACUGCUCACACUGAGCCUCAAAGACAAAGCGAGAACAAAGAAAAACAACAACAGAGAUGGGAUUUCUAGACCCUGAAACAAGAUGGGUAUGAGAGAGGAGGAAAAUCUUGGAUGGUGAUGGAUUUUAAACACAACAGGGGUGACAAAAAAAAAACUGCCUCUGACACAGAAAGGCUUUUAUUUUCUCCCUGCCGCAGAGGAUCAAGACAACUGGUAGUGAAGAUCUAAGCAGCAAUCAGAUCAGUGUGUAGUUUUCACUUUCACUGGGUUUAGAAAGGGGAACCUGUCACUUUUCACACUAAUUAUUAAUAAUUCACAUGGAGCAUUCAAAGUUGAAGUUAUGAAGAAAAAAAAAACGUUUUUAUAUAAAAUACUCCAAAAACUGCAUUUUUAGAAAAUAGGCACCACCACAUAGUAAACAGUGAUUUCAGUCAGUAGCUGAUGUUUUAGGCAUUUAGAUCUUUAAGGAUGCAUUAGGGUAUAAAAUGCAUUUAAAAGAAAGAUCCGUGCCUUGCAAAAAUGUUCACAUUUCUUUUCAUAGUUUGUCGCCUUACAGCAACACACUUCAGUGUUUUAUUGGGAUUUUUAGUGACAGACAACCUGUUCAGAAUUGUGAAGUAGAAGGAAAGUGAUUUCUUCUGAUGGUUUUGAACGUUUUUACAAAUGAACAUCUGAAAAGUGCGGCUUGAAACUGACUCCAAUAACGAUCCAAACCUAGUUAGUAAACAUGGAUCAAAUGUGUGUAAUUUAAUCUAGGCAUGAAUCCAUUUGUUUUUUGGAGAACAUUAGUGAACAAAGAGCAUAAUAAGGACCGAGGAACACAUCAGGCAAGUUGGAAAGGUAAUUGUGGAAAAUACAGGAGAGUUGAGUAAUAAGACAAAAUCUCACAGAGCACUGUUCCAUCCAUCAUCUGAGAGUAUUAAUCAAAGAAUUAAAGAGGCCCAUUGUGUCUCAGGAGGAGCUGCAAAGACCCACAGCUCAGGUGACAAAAUCAGUCGUAAUGACCACCAUUUGAUGUGCUCUCCACAAAUCUGGCCUUUAAAGGAAAAAAGGCAGAAAGAAAGCUGUUGUUGAAUGUUUACCGCGAGCCGUGUAGGGAACACGGUGAUUAUGUGAGCCAAAGAUCUGCUACUAUCUGUAGCAGUAAAGCGAUCACCCUGAACCAGCCGUCCCUCGGUUUAAACUUGGUGCCGCCAGCAUCAUGCUGUAGGGUUGCUUGUUUUAGGCGGGGCUAGGUGAAGUUGGUCAGGGUACAUGGAGAGAUGGGCGGAGCUUAAUACUAAAUCAAAGUAACACUGAGGAUCCAAAAGAGUUGAUAGUGGGGCAAUAAAGGUUAUAAAUGCAUAUCAAACUUUUUAUUUGCAAAAUAAAUAUGAAAACCAUGUAACAUUUUCCUUUCACUUCACAGUUCUUUACUAUUUCUACUGGCCUAUUACAUCAAAUCCCAACUAACUACAUUGAAGUCAGUGGUUGCAACGUGAAAACAAUGUAGAACAGUUGAAGGGGAAGGGGGGGGGGGGGUACUUUUGUAAGUCUCCCUAGUAGGACAUCAAACAUUAACUGUGCCGCUUGCCGCUCUAUAAGAAAUAAUUUUCCAGUAAAAACAACAAACCUGCUCUCUAUGAAAGUUAGCAGUCAUUAGAGCGACUCUGUCAGAGACACUUGUGUGUUUUUGUCAAAGACUGAUCAGCCUGCAUAUGUAGAUAAACAUCAAACUCAGCUGCCAUUGUUACUGAAUAGGAAGGCUUUCGGUCCCUGGAUAUUUGCUAGACACUAGGAGAGGUAAUGAAGCGUUUAAUAUUUUUGUAAUUAAAUGGUCGCGGACAUGCACUAAAUGACGUUCAAACCCACACAAAAGUUAUUUAUAAUCCCCCAUUGUGCAUCUGGAUUUAUCUUCAGAAGCUUCCUCACCUUUUAUGCGAGCAGAUUUAUGCAACACCGAACGCGCAGGCAUUGUUCUUGUGACGAGCCGCAGACGCAGGCUACAAGGAAAAUAUUCAUUUGCUGUGAGAAUACUUGGUGUUAUUCACGCCUUUGACAGCGACUCAUUCUUUAAAGCAAUUUCAAAACGCAUUCAUUAUUUAGAAAGGUGCUGGAAUAAGUUAUUAAAAUGAUGACAUUAUUUUUCAAUAAUAUGAUAAAAAAUGGAUUUGGCUUCCCACAAUUAUUCCCACUCUUCCGCCGCCGUGGGAAUUCAGCUCCUAAUCAUCUGUCGGUCUAAUGGGAUUGGAAGGCUUUCAGAGUAAAUUUGACAGAACAGUUUUGGCAUCCUUCACGUGAGGGAAAAAUAAAUAAAUAAAUAAAUAAAAAUAGAGAAUGCAGAGGAAAGGAAGUGGGCCAAAUAACGGCACGGCCAUCACCACACGGCUCAUUGUUUGGAUGCCGUGGGCAUCUUCUGAAAUAACGCUCCAGAUUGUGGAUUACACAAGACAAACACGACUGGAAAUGACCAGUCGAGCUCACAAAUCACAGGGACACGUUUAAUAUCACACUGGACUAGUUAAACAUGCCAAAAUGUGGAUCUUAGCCAGAUUCAUCACCUCAACAAUCAUCAGACAGGCAUAAAAUACCAGACAGUUAAAACUCACUGGAAUUUAAAUGCAUAAAAGCACGUGUUUGUGUUUAGAGGGGAAAUCAGUAGCCGACGGUACCAUGCUGCCACCUAAAGGUAAACAUAUAGAAGACCUGAUUGUGCUGAAACUGGUGAUCCAUCUAAAGCAAGGCACACCAUGAUGGAUUUAUCCCAGAAACUCCUGCUGUACGGUUUCUUACACUGGAGACACUGAGGGACCGCGACAAAAUGAAGCGGGAGGUCGGGUCAGAGCAGGGUGGACGCUUCUGAGGGCUCAGCUUUUCUCUCAUGGAGUUUGUUGUGGAAUAAAAAAGAAAAAAGAAAAAUGUUGUCACCACUUCAGCUCAUAAAGCUUCAUUUUGCUCUAACAAA